AAACACUAUUGGCAAAGAGCAACACAGAGAAAAAGAAAAGAAAAAAGAAAAGGGGAAAUUCGAGUACCCAAAGUCCCUGCAAAUCAAUCCAAACAAUUGAAAAAAAAUUCGAUCUUUGAUAUGGGCCGGAUUGCAGUUGCGUCGGCCGUCGUACUAUGGCUGAUUCCGAUCUCUAUUCUCGUUAAUCAAAUCGUUCCCAGCCCGGACAUGGCUUAUUCUUCAUGGGAGCAGUUUCUUCUUUUACGGACUCGUGCACCACUUCAGUUCUACGCCUCACCAAUGGAGUUCUGGCCGUUUUAUGUAGCAUUCUUGUUUAUGAGAUACUCGUGCAUCUUAGACCGUCUCUCGAUGAAAAAAAGGCAACAUUGCAAGCUGUGGUUAUUUCUUUAUAUCCUCUACACUGACGUGGCAUCACUGACGGCUGUGCUCGUAAUGUAUCUUUUAGCUCUCAAGAAGAAGUAUCUGCUGAGCUCGCUGCUUGGGGCUUUAUCCGUAUUGAUACGACAAACAAAUAUUAUAUGGACGCUUUUUGUCGCCUGCACUAGCGUCAUACAAUUUGCCGAGUCCCAUAAUAAAAGUGGUGAGGAAAUAAAGGAUAUGGGCACAUCAAUGAAAAACAAUGAUCUUUAUUCGAGUCAAGAUAAUGUAUCAGUUGCCACUAACUUGAGAAAGCGAAGGGGUAAUAAGGUCAUUACGAGUCACAAAAGCUUUACUCCACAAACAUCUGUUCCCAUGGCACACUCAUCAGGUUUGGUCGACGAAAUUUUGGACAUCAUAGUCAUCUCGUGGAACCAUUUCUGGGAGAUUUUCGUUUCCUUGAGUCCUUUCUUUAUGGUAUUUGUGGCUUUUCUCGGUUUUGUGUACUGGAAUGGGAGUAUAGUUCUCGGUGCUAAAGAUGCACAUGGAGUUUCACUGCAUUUCCCUCAGUUGCUGUAUUUUGGAUUGAUUUCUGCCAUUUUUACGGCCCCUGUCCAGUUUAAAAAGUUGUUGAAGAGGAAACUAUUUGGUCCCGUCCAGUUGCUCGUGGCUUUAGCAUUUGGCUUCCUUUCCGUGCAAUUUUUCAGCAUAGCUCAUCCGUAUCUGCUGGCUGAUAGCCGACACUACACUUUCUACUUGUGGCGAAAGGUCAUCAAUUACCAUUGGUCGACAAAAUACCUAAUGAUCCCACUUUAUGUUUACUCGUGGUUUUCCAUUGUCGAUAACCUGGGUUAGUACCAAAAAAAACCCAUCCGGUAUCCGGUAUCCGGUAAUACCGACCGAUACCGGAUACGGUACAGUAUCCGGUAAGUUUGUGUUUAAAAACUUACAUGUCGGACCACCGGUAUCCGGUAUUACCGGUAAUACC